AUGAUCUCUCCUGAACAAGAUUCCAGCGAUGUAGAUUCUGAAAUGGACUACGGUACCCCGGAUGAGAUGAAUCAGCCACAGGCCCCUCCUGCAACGCAUUCUUAUCAGGAUUCAUCGGAAAAUAUCCAGCAUUUGAUGUCACAGCACUCGCACACGUCGUGGCAGGACUUACCCCAGACCCCCCCUCCCACAGACGACCAUCAUAUGAAUGAUCUUAACGAUACUCCCAGAGCUCCUGAUCCCAACGAUACUCCGAGAGUUUCUUCAUCCUCAAGAGAUCAACAACCUAUGCAGGAACCAUUGUCGCCGACCAUACAACUUCCUCGAAGUGGCAAAAGAAGAAAAGUCCAACAGGAGCCCCGAGCUCCCAACGAUGAUGCGCAGUCAAAUUCUCAACGUGGUCAGGGCUCCAGUUCCAGUGUAGAUGCGUUGAAACUUUUGUUUGAGGCACAAGCAACACUAUUAAAGAGCGUCUGCACACAAUUGCAAGGAUCGACCACAGAAAUGUUGCAGAAACAAGACGAGAAAAACGCUGCAAUUUUGCAGAAACAAGACGAUAAGAUCGAUAAGUUGGCUGAACACACAACCCAGAACUCGAGAAUGUUGGCUCGCAUUGGGGAGACACUGGAGAAGCACUUCACGAGCAAGCCCGCACAACAACGUGGAAAUAUGGGCGACGAACAAGGAGCGAAAUCCCAGGGUGAUGCUGCUAAAACGGGAAGAAAUCCUAGUGAUCGGGCGGACGACCCAGAUAAUGAAGGUGACGAUGAGGCCGAUGUAGCUUAUGCGUUCAGCUAUGCCAAGAAGAAGCGAGUACCGCGCUCUGGUGAGAUCAAGCGCCGACCCGUUGAAGAGCUGAGAAGCAAGGAGUUGAUCCGCAUGUGGCUAGAUAAAAUAAUGAAAGGACAAGAUCAAACCAAAAAUACGGUAACUCAACAGGAAGCAGACGAAUUUGCUAAAGCAUUCAGGAAGGACCCGCUUUCACGUCCAUGUACGACGGAAAACUUUCGAUAUUGGAUUGCGGGUGGUCCUAAAUCAGCAUGGAACAAGGGCGCCUCAUACGUCUUUGUAGAGAUACUUGAGAAGCAGAAGCUGAUCACUAAACCCAAUGUAGAAGAUCGUGAUGGUCUCCGUGAAGCAUUUCUUGUGCGGUUAAGAUCGCUCCAUAAAUAUUGGUUAGAAGACAAGAAAAUGGCGGAAGAUAGCAACGACUCGCGUUUACCCAUUGGGAGAUGGCAGAGAAAAAGCACAUUAUUCCAUCAACGAAGAGAGGUUAUUCUUACCUUUGAAUCACUUCAGCCCUACCUCAAGGUAUUCGAUGAGUUAGGCGUCGCGGGAAUGUCGUCGGACAAAGAAGACCCAGGCAUGAGCAAACCUCGAGUGCAGUACCUUGUGAAGGGCACAAAAUGGCGGGCGGCCUUGGUCAAACAUUUCGUUCGGCCAAUAGACUAUGUUCACCUCGAAGGACGAUGCUCCGCCGACGGAGAGAAAUUCAGUUUCACGCGGGGCUCUCCUCCGCGUCUUCGUGUUGAUAACAAUGACCGAAGCUCAAACAGCAAAUACGUUGCGGGUUUACCUUCCAACUUUUACGAUGCCGAAUGGCUUGAAGAGAUGGAACCUGGAUGGUCCAAAGGAGGGCAUGGCUUUGUCAAUGAGAUUAUACGUCCUCGACAACCUAUGAAAUUGGUCUUUCCUCCCGGCCUCGCCAAAAUGCUGCAGGAAAGGAAAUACCCUAGUAGCACAGCGUAG